AUGCAUAGAAAUUCUACGAUCGCACUAUUAAAAAAUACAGCUGAUAAAGAUGAUGGAGGAACUAUAGCUACUGAUGAUGUGGUCGGGUUGAGUGCAUUUGAUGGGAUUGCUGAUCAUGAAGACGAAGAUCCAAAACAAAAUUUCAGAAAUAAUUUAUAUCCAGUUAUAACUACCCCGGAUGAUCCUGAAAAGCAAUUGUAUCUCUCUAGAAAUUAUUUACCAAUACUUAGUUCAAACACACAUUCUACUUAUUCGACACAGAAAUUUCUAGAAGAAGCUAUUACUGUUAUUAAACCAAAAGGGGUUGUCUUAGGAAAAAAGAAACGUGGCUAUUAUGUACCCUUUAUUGAAAGCUUGAAACAAUUAUUAUCCAUGCCGGAAUUAGCUGAUAUAUUGAAUAAACAACCAAUAAUGAUACAACCUGCUACUGCUCAAAGUUUGAAACAAUUAAAACUGAUUAUCAUGAUAGUGAAUUUUGUUAUAACCAUUCGUGAAUUAAACAUGGUGAAUACAGUAGAUGUACCACCAAAUGAUAUAUUUGACGUAAAUUUACCUGUUUAUGAAGUACCUCAACGAAUAAUUGUUUAUGGUAUAAAAUAUACACCUAAUAUGGUAAUGAUGACAAAUAAAAAUCAUUUUCCUCGAUUUCCAACAUUUGUAAAAGUUACAAAUAUCUAUCUAUCUUACAAAUAUCUCGUGCAACAGCAUAAUAUCAUUUUCCGUGGUCAACAAUAUUGUGUAAUGGAUAAAGGUGUUGGAUUAGCUUCGUUAGAAAUAGCUCCAGCAGCAAAUGAAAUUUUCUUUAAUUUGUAUGAUAUAAGCUAA